AUGGUGGUAAACAUAUCAGGGAAAGAUGAUAGGCUCUCGUGGAGUGAGACGGCAGAUGGGCGAUUCACCGUGGCUUCGGCAUAUAAGUUCCUAACUCGUGACUAUACGCCGAGACCGGAUAUGGCUUCACUAUUUCAACGGGUCUGGCGAGUCACUGCGCCAGAGAGAGUCCGAGUGUUCUUGUGGCUGGUGGUAAACAAAGCGAUCAUGACGAAUCAGACUAGAUUCCGAAGGCACUUUGGACACACAGAAAUAUGUCAGGUGUGUAAGAGUGGGGUUGAGUCUACCCUCCAUGUUCUUAGAGAUUGCCCGGCAAUGGAGGGCAUAUGGAGACGCAUUGUACAGCAGAGGAAACAACAUGCUUUCUUUGCCAUGUCGUUACUAGAAUGGCUAUUCGAGAAUCUGAGUGAGGACACUGAGUUGGUUAAUGGUUCGUGGCCUACUCUAUUUUCUGUCUCGGUGUGGUGGGCGUGGAAAUGGCGAUGCGGGAAUGUGUUUGGAGAGACCCGCUUGUGGAGAGAUAGAGUGAAAUUCGUGAAAGACUAUGCUAAAGAAGUAAGGUCAGCUAUGUUGGCGAGUGUACAAGCGGGUGUGGUGAUUAGAGAGGAUCGUAUGAUCUCGUGGCUACCUCCGUUGGCGGGUUGGAUGAAACUUAAUACGAAUGGUGCAUCACAUGGUAAUCCGGGCGAAGCAACGGCUGGUGGAGUUAUCCGAGAUGGAGAUGGGAAAUGGUGUGGUUGGUUUGCGUUGAACAUUGGGCGAUGCACGGCGCAGAUGGCAGAGUUAUGGGGUCUAUACUAUGGCCUUUGCUUUGCCUGGGAUAAAGGGAUUCGCCAGCUGGAAGUGGAGGUGGAUUCUGCGACGGUGGUGGGGUUUGUUCAGGCAGGGAUAUGUGAUACGCAUCCUCUGUCAUUCCUGGUACAGCUGUGCCAUGGCUUCUUAUCGAAGGACUGGGAGGUCCGAGUCACUCACGUGUAUAGGGAGGCUAACCGUCUUGCUGACGGGUUAGCAAACUAUGCUUUUUCAUUAGCUUUAGGUCUGCAUUACUUUGAUUGUGUGCCUCCGGAUGUUUUGACUGUAUUGCGGGAGGACGAGUGUGGAGUCUCGCAAGUACGGCGAAUCCGUGUGUAA